UUCACUCUGUCAAAUACAGCUACAGAUGUAAUGUUGAAUGGUUAACUCAGUGGUGUAAGGGAAAUUGAAUGGGCCUGUCAUUGUAACCUGUACGCCUAACGUUAAUCUUAUUCGCUGGCGUAAUUCGAUAGCCACUAAAUGACCCAGUCUCAUAAGAGCAAGCCUAAACCUGUUUUCAAACCUCAGAUUACAAUGCAUGAUGGUACCAUACAUCAUCAGAGCUUACAAGAAAGAAAAAAAAAAUGGGGCGGGAGAGUGAGAAGGCCUGUUUAAAAGAGUAUAAAUACUAUACAGCUAAAGGUCUGAUCCACUAGGAGUCCCAUCAUGCCAUUGGAUUCCUAUUCACUUUCUAGGGGGCUCAUUACUGAGCAAACAGACCUAGGAAAAAGCACAUUUGAAUUCAGCAAUCACAGCCAUAAGGACAAGUGUGUUUCUUGCUUCAGGAGAACAAUGGUUACACCAGAAUAUGUGUUUUUUUAUAUAUCUGUAAUACUUGCUGUUAUAGUAACUGUGUUCGGCAACCUGCUUGUCAUAAUAUCGGUGUGUCACUUCAAACAGCUGCAUACGCCAACUAAUGUGCUUAUCCUUUCCUUAGCUGUGGCAGAUUUCAUGGUGGGACUGUUUGUGAUGCCACUGGGAUUCAUCUGGCUGGUGGAGGCAUGCUGGCUCUUUGGGACAUAUAUUUGUGCUUUUUUCAACUUUUUUGCAUUCCUGUUGACAACAGCGUCUGUUCAUAAUGUGGCUCUCAUUGCAGUGGACAGAUACCUUUCUCUGAACAAUCCCUUUCUCUAUACCAAGCAAAUCACUGUGAAUUUCACUGUCAGUGUGGUCUUGUUUACCUGGGCGGUUUCAGUGGGGUAUAAUUCUUCUGUUCUUUACUGCAAUGGGUUUUUCAUGACCUCGCAGGCACUGUGUCCGAGCGAAUGUCCUGUUGCUGUGAGCAAAAUUUGGUCUUGGGUUGAUUUUGUGGUGGUGUUUGCAUUACCUUGCUCCAUCAUGUUUAUAUUGUAUAUCAAAAUCUUUGCCAUUGCCAGGAAGCACGCAAAUGCCAUCAGGGCAGCUAAUAAUAAUCAGAUCAAUGUAAAUGGAAGCAAGAAUGAGAACAUGCCCAAACGAUCUGAGAGAAAAGCUGCCAAAGUGCUGGGAAUACUUGUGUUUGUAUUUUUGUUAUGUGUUGUUCCAUAUUUCACUGCUAGUGUCAUGGCUAGGUUUAUCAACGGCCAAGUGUUAGAGAUUGCGCUAAACUGCACAAUCAGUAUGGUUUACCUGAAUUCUUUGUUUAAUCCAGUUAUUUAUGCUUUUUUCUACCCAUGGUUUCAAAAUAGCAUGAAGUUGACUUUGAGGUGUCGUAUAUGUACCCCCGAGUCCUCUUUCAUGCAGCUGAAGUGA